AUGGCUUCCUCUCGUUCUAUGCGUAGAAAUCUCAAAAAGUGGGAAACUUUUCAAUUCCGAUUUAGGUUUGUUCCUAAACACGACGUACAAAUUCUUCUUUCUAACGCAUCACUUUACAACCCGCUUGAGGGCAAUGUUGGGAUUCUGAUCGCCUUAUUCGAGGCAGGUCUUCAUUUUCCUACCACUAACUUCUUUAAUCUGAUCAUGCAUGAAUACGGGAUUUCAGUGAGGGAGUUGACUCCCAUUGCUAUAAACAAGAUAGUAGGUUUUGAGCUCCUCUAUCGCGCUAUAGGUUGUCAACUAAAUGUUCAGGCAUUCAAGCACUUCUUCAACACUUCCACUCAAUUUGGACCCGAACCCUUUCUUGUUGGCGGGGAGUCCCUACCCUUAUUCACGAACAAAAGUCCAAGAAGAACUAGCAAGAAAAGUUCUUGUGGGUGA